UAAAGACCUAUAAAGGCUUGCGGUGCAUUGCUACUUCCAACCAGUGUCCUUUCAACAGUCGAAAUAGGAACGAAUUAAACAAUACCCAAUAGCAACAACAACAAAAAACAGUACUUUGACUUUCUACCAGCAAAACCGAUAAACGAGUUCUGAGGUUGUGUAAAGUUAGAACAAAAAUUAGAAAUGUGUGGAAUCUUUUCGAUAUUCCUGAAACAUCCCGAUGCCGAUGGUAGCAGUUCGAUUCUUCGCCGGGCUGGCAAUCGUACCGAAUCACUCCGGGAACUGGCUUUCCGACAAUCGAGCAAACAGCGACAUCGUGGACCGGACUAUACGGGUUUGGUGGAGGACAAAGAGGCCCGUUUGGUGAUGGUGCAGGAAAGAUUAUGCGUCCUGGGUGUCAAAACCGGGAGCCAGCCAUUUGUGUCCCGAGAUGGAACGGUACUUUUGGUUGCCAACGGAGAAAUUUACAACUAUCUCCCGAUGGCUAAGCUGGUAAACAAUGCGUUGGAUGUUGACGAAGAAACGUACGUUCCAAGAAGUGAUUGCGAUGUCAUUAUGGCAUUCUACGAACAUUUCGGUGUUGCUGAACUGAUGAAAACCAUUCGGGGAAUGUUUGCGUUUGUUUUGUAUGACAAACGGAAUGAUCGAAUUCUGAUGGCACGAGAUCCUAUCGGCAUAAUUCCGAUGUACUACGGGACGGAUCUGGCAGGUAAUGUUUGGGUUGCCAGUGAGAUGAAGUGCUUAGUGGAGAAGUGUCCUGAGAUCAAAAUUUUUCCACCCGGACACAUGUUCUAUGGAUCAAGACGUAAUAUGGAACCGAAGCAAUAUUUCCAGCCGGACUGGUUAGUAGAGAUACCCACUAUGUCGGUCGACUUGAAAGAACUGAGAAUGCGAUUGGAGGAUGCAGUUCUUUCACAUUUGCAGUGCGAUGUUCCGCUGGGUGCAUUACUCAGUGGUGGUUUGGAUUCUAGCUUAAUCGCCUCGAUUGCCACGAAGAUCAUGAGAAAGCGCCACGGUCAGGAUUAUAGACUGAAAACCUACAGUGUCGGUCUGGUGGGUGGACCAGAUUUCGAAUAUAGUAGAAUGGUAGCUGAUUACAUUGGCAGUGACCACACCGACGUGUAUUUUACGGUGGACGAAGGACUCAACUACAUACGCGAUAUAAUUUUCCACACCGAAACUUAUGACAUAACCACAGUGCGCUGUUCGAUUCCAAUGUUCCUGCUAACAAGACUAAUCAAAAGUGAAGGUAUAAAAAUGGUACUUUCCGGUGAGGGUGCCGACGAGCUUCUCGGUGGCUAUCUUUAUUUCCACCAAGCACCAAACUCUUCAGAAUUCCACCUGGAAACAGUCAAGCGUGUUAUGGACCUGCAUUACGCCGAUUGUCUUCGAGCCAACAAAUCAACCGCUGCAUGGGGCCUGGAGCUUCGUGUACCCUUUUUGGAUACCGACUUCGUCAACUACGUGAUGAGCAUCCGACCCGAAGAUCGAAUGCCGUGCAUCAAGAGAAACGGAAAAGUUCAAUCAAUGGAAAAGUUCAUUUUGCGAGAAGCAUUUGCAAACAACUAUCUCCCGGAUGCGGUCCUGUGGCGCCAGAAGGAACAGUUUUCCGAUGGUGUCGGGUAUAGUUGGAUUGACACGAUCACAGAAUACGCGGCGUCGCAUGUGAGCGAUGAAGAAUUUGCCGGAGCAGCUGAGCAAUUCCCGAUCAAUACUCCACCUACCAAGGAGGCCUAUUACUACCGGCAGGUAUUCGAAGAAAUGUUUCCCCACCAGAGCUGCGCGUCUACCGUGAAACGGUGGGUGCCACGGACGGACUGGGGAUGCUCGGCGGAUCCGUCCGGGCGGAAACAGCACGCGCACAUCAAGAAGAACUAGAUUAGACCAGUUGGAAAUCGAUGGCAUGGCAUGUUGAUUGAACGUUGGUACAUUCAACCGUUAUUAGAGAGAUAAGGACAAUGUAGAUUAGAUGACUAUCUAUGGAGUGAUGUGUUUAGCCUAAGGUAUGUUAAAACAGUAAAUCACAAAGCAAGCUAUGACUUGCGGACAGCUUGAUACCUUAGCAGAUGUGGCAGAUGGAAAUGAAAAUGCGAUAAUCUUUUUGUUUAUUAUUUAUUGAAUAAAAUGAAUAACAUGAAUGUUUGAGUGACAAAAA